AUGUGCGUCUUGGAAGAAGCGUUUACGCGGGAGCGGAUCUACAUGUCGUUCCCGUACCACCAGGACCCCCAAAACCCUCACACUCGGGUGGAGAAAUUUAAUAUCAAGUGGCUAUCAGGGUUAGGGAUUUGGGUUGUAGACUCUGAACUAGAUCAUGAUCCUCCCGCCCCCACAGUCACCACUGCCUAUAGAAUAUUAAACUCCACCAACGGCUUGAUGUUGUUUGAGUAUGGACUGUAUAGUUUCUACCACAUCAUUUGGAAUCCGACAUUGAGACAACAUGUCGUUUUACCCGAAUCUAAUAUCUUUCCUCCUGUAGUAAGCUUUAUCGGAUACGAUCCUAUCGACCAAAAGUAUAAAGUCUUGUCUAUGUCAGGUCACUCAGAUUAUGGAACUCAUGCGGCUGAAUACCUCAAGGUUUUUACAUUGGGAGCAAAAGAAAAAUGGGGAAAGAUCGAAAUUCACCCUCGCCUUUACGAACAUAUACGCGCGACAAGGGGGAAUAUGGAUAGUCGUCAGAUAAGUGUCCGAGGGGGAAUAUGCAUCAACGGAGUUCUUUAUUACUAUCUUGUUGAACGUGAUUUUAUAGUGAGUUUAAUUGAUGUUAGAGCUGAAACGUUUGCAAAAAUCAUAAAACCCGAGGGAGUGUGUGAUGUUGAUAUCAGAGAUGUGACAUGUGCUAUGAUCAAUUACAAAGGAAAGUUAGCUUGGAGUUGCACUCGCACCAGCAGUUUAUGGGUUCUUGAAGAUGCCCAAAAACAAGAAUGGUCAUUAAGACCUCUUGAUGGUCAAAUAAAAAACUCCUCAAGACACUAUUUUUGUGGUGUCACUCAGGGACACGAAGCUAUUUUUAUGCCCAAGAAGAAAAAACAACCGUUUUGA